AGCGGCAAAAGAGAAGAAGUUUGGGACGCGUCGGCCGGAGCUCGCGCAGAAAGCAAAAAACAACAAAAACGUCUUACAACUCGGAGCGAAGGUCACGGGGGAAACAUUGCGCGUUGCUGGACCGAUGCGGGGACGUUGUUAGCCGCUUUAGUACCAUUCCCGGCGUGCCCCCACCCCCCCUCCCCUCCUCUUCCUCCCCUCCUCUCCUCUCCGACCCAAUGCUGCUGCAUCAGUUCAUGAACGGAGCCCUGGAAGUCAUGCAUCCCUCGCCGCUCCAGAAGGACACGACUUUCACCAAAAUCUUCGUCGGCGGGCUGCCGUACCACACCACCGACGCCUCGCUGAGAAAAUACUUCGAGGCCUUCGGGGACAUCGAUGAGGCGGUGGUGAUAACGGACCGGCAGACCGGCAAAUCCAGAGGAUACGGCUUUGUGACGAUGACGGACCGGGGAGCCGCCGAGCGGGCCUGCAAGGACCCCAACCCCAUCAUCGACGGCAGGAAGGCCAACGUGAACCUGGCCUACCUGGGCGCCAAGCCCCGCAGCAUCCAGACGGGCAUAUCCAUCGGAGUGCAGCCCAUCCACCCGGCACUCAUCCAGAGGCAGUAUGGGUUGGCCCACCAGUCGUACGUCUACCCCCAGGCCUUCGUGCAGCCCAGCAUGGUGCUGCCCUCUCAGCUGUCCGCCGCCCUCGGCAGCAGCCCCUACCUGGACUACAGCGCGGCCUACAGCCACUACGCCCAGGCCGCCUUCGAGCAGCAGUACCCGUACGCCGCCUCCCCGGCUGGCUUCCUCAGCUACGGCUACGCCACCAGCCCCCCGGCCGGCGGCGGCGGUCCUGUCUCCGCGGCGGCGGCCCCGGCCGGCGUCCACGCCACCCUCCCCUCCGCCGCGGGCCCGGCCCAGGCCUUCCUGCACUACGCCCCGCAGCAGCACAUCCAGCCGGACCGUAUGCAGUGAGCCUGCGGAGGAGGAGGAGGAGGCGGAGGAGGAGAAAGGAGGAAGAGGAGUAGUGGACGCAGACCUUUUGGACAGAGGACGGCCAAAUGCCCCGAAAAGGGCGACCCAGCUAACGUCGGCAGAGGCUUUCAGGAAAAAGGGGUCUAUUGCACUAUAGGAUGAGCCGGUUGCUCAUUGGCUAAAGGGUCGGGGGGGUUGGACGGUCCAGGUUCAGGGCGGGAAGCUGAACGGUCGCUUCCAGAAGCCGACACUUCAUUUUUUUUUCUUUUUUAUUAUUAUUAUUGUUAUUAUUGUUAUUAUUAUUAUUUUUAUCCUCCUUUAUUAUCGUAUUAAUGUCAGUCAAAUAUUUGUUUGUACGCCAUUUUUUUAAAUUAACGUUAUCGUUUUCUGGCUCCAAUCCGACGGUACAUAUCGAUGAGCAAUCUGGGACACGCCCCCUUUCCUCCCAGAGCACCUGGGAGGAGGGGGGGGGGGGACGUGAAGGGCGCUGCUGCUUUAAGACACUCGGGGAAAACAGUCGGCGGAGGUCAACGACGGGGUGGCGAUGCUGGGGGGCGGGGUGGAGGCGUAUACAGCGAGCCUCUGCGGCCACUCAUCCGUGACUCCGCCCCCCCUCCCCCGUCCCGGCGCCAUCGCCAUCCACAGCGAACAAACGGGAGAGGACGAUGAAAAAUGUCGCCUCGAGGACAAAAAACAAAAUGGAAAUCUAGUUUCAGCGCAUCGGACGCCGUCGUCCUGAGGCCGAUGUCAGGACUACACUUCUUAUUUUUUAUUUUUUUUUAAAUAAAAGAAAAUUAGUAAUUAAAGAGGCCUUAAUCAACAAAAGAGAAACUUCUUUUAGAAUCUCCUGGUUUUUCCAAGUGCCCCCCCCCCCCCCCCCAGCCCUUUUGUAACUGGCGUCUCAGCAGCCGGUCACAGUAAUCCGGCUCACUUGGGUCUUUUUGAUAAUGAUGUCAUCCCAUGCAGUUUGUGGGCGUGGGGACCGGGAGCAUCCUCCUCUCAAGGCAGCUGACACUGAGCUCAGGCACCUGUGUAUUUUUACUUUAUUCUUUUUCUUCUCCUACUUUAUCUCCCUGAGAUGCGUCGCUCUCUCUCUCCAAAAGGACAUUCAUGUACAGCAAUUUGAAAUGUGUUCAGUCGUUCGAGUACAUGUACAAUAUUUAUAUGUAGGUAUUUAUAUGAGGUACUAAGUUAAAAAUAGCGUAUUGAUUUUGUUACCACGACUCUCGUCCUGAGGAGGCGUGGACCUGCAGACCCACCGGUGUCGUAUUCCUUUUAUUUCCUUUUGUUCGUUUUGUAGAUCGUCGUCAAUGUCGCGUCCCAAAAUUCUCGAGAUACAUUUUUUUUUUCCCCACUAAAGAUGUCUUUUACAGUCCCUUCAAAGAAAGCCAUACCAAAAAAAAAAAUUAGAAAUAAAGACUUUGUACUUAAA